CCCCUAAAGGUAAACUACCCCCAGACAUUGACGCACUUAUCCAGACAGACUUGCACUACUUCCAAGACCAAUUCAGAUUCGGCUGGGUUAAACAAAAUUUGAACAAAUAUGAAUUUGAGGCACUAGAACAAUUAAGACGGAAUAAGGACAUUGUGAUUAAACCAGCAGACAAGGGCAGCGCAGUAAUUAUUAUGGACAGGGAACAGUACCUAUGGGAGGGCUACAGACAGCUACAUGACACGACCUACUACUCCAAACUAAAGAAGCCCAUCUACAAGGACACCACUCCACUGACGGACAAGAUUAUACAAUCACUCCAAGACAAGAAAUUCAUCAACCACAAACAGACUCUAUACCUGAAGGGGGACAGCGAACCUCGACCCAGACUGUUUUACAUGCUGCCUAAAAUACACAAGGACCCUGCUAAGUGGAGCAAACCUCAUGAGAUCCCUCCAGGACGUCCCAUUGUGUCCGAUUGCAGCAGUGAGACGUAUUAUACAGCUGAGUUUAUUGACCAUUUUCUUAAUCCUCUCUCGAUAAGACAUGCCAGUUAUAUCAAAGACACGUAUGAUUUCGUGAACAGAAUUAAACAAAUUAACAUCCCCCUGAAUGCCUUCCUCUUCACCAUGGACAUUGACAGCCUAUACACAAACAUUGUAAUCCCAGAAGGCAUUCAAGCAGUAAAAAAUAUAUUCCAAAAAUACCCAGACGCCAAAAGACC